GUACCAAGCCCAAUGUAAUACAUCUUUCCCAUACAUGAAAGUGUGAGAGAUAUUGUAUUCGCACCCGAAGUUGGCUCCGGUGCCAAAUGAGGUAUCCAGAGUGAAACAAACUAAGACGCCGAUGUCUGAAGGUUAUAGUGACGCUCGUUGGACCCCAGCUAUGCUGAGUGAGGAUGACGAUAUUCCGACCCCAACGGAGCUGACACGACCCAUUGGUAGUGAUAAGGCGAAGGCGAAGAGGGAACCAUACUCAAUGACAGUCGGACCCAAAGGGUCAAGUAUCGACGACCUCGUCUCCACCAUGGCCACCUUCAACGAAUUGCAGUUGCACAAGAUUCGAUGGAAAAGUCAAGCCCUUGACGAGGCACUUCACCUAGAGCGCGAACAUAUUAAGCACAUAGAAUAUGUGAUUCUGAUGAAAUUAUGCCCAUCACUUCGGAUUAGAGCAGAAGGAGCCAUGGUUUUCCGGUUCCCAUGGAAGAAGAAGAAGGGGAAGACCCGAACCCGGAUUUCCGACUUCGUGAAACUCCAAUUCCGCCGCAGAAAGAACGCCGCCUCGCCGCUCGUCUUCGAGACCAGUUUCCCCACCUCCCUCGUCGAUCUCAUCGUGAACUACCGCGAUAGAUUCAAGAUCCGGCCGCCGUCGCCGUCGCCUCCCCUCCGAUCAAAGAAAAAGACGCCUCAUCCUCCCCUUCUUCUUCUGACUCCGCCCCAAAUUGAAGGCCCCGUUUCAGUCUCUCCCCCAGAACCGCUGCCGCUUCCGCCUCCACCCGGCGAUCAAGAAAUCCAAUCCAGAAUCCGCAGAGGUGGACUGAAACCUAACGAAGUGUCAGUGGUCGUGUUAAAGGUUUUCCUGAUUUGUGUUCUAGCUAUGGGCACCAAGAAAUUGACAUUAGGGAUCACUAUCUCUGCAACCCUGCUAUAUUUUCUUGAGUUCCUGGUUAAUCACCUGUCCAGAUUCUUGAGAAUUCAGAGUAAUGUGAGGACUAAAAUGGUUAGGCCCGUUUUCGAAGAUCCUUCCCAGCCCGAGAAGCUCUCCCGUGUUGAAUGCGAUGGAAGAAGUAACAUAAUUCCAGAAAUUAAAAUCGACGGGAAGUCGGAGGAUAUGAUGGGGAAAGAUAGAUGUGAAAAAUCUCACAAGGUCAAGAUUUUUAGAACCAAAUUGAAGAAGAUACUCUUGCCAAAGAAGUUUAGGAAAAAACUCGAGAAACAUUGCAAGGAGCUUGGAAACGAGGGAUGGUAAACAAAAGGAGGGAGUUGAUGUGUUGACGAGAAGGGUGCGUUUUGAAACUCGAAACGAGUUAGAUGAAGCCAUAGGUCUUUCAGACAAAUUUGGUAACAGGCGAAGGCAAUGCAAUAGGAGGAGAGAAGAAUCCGAGAUACAUGGCGCUAUUUCCAAUUGCAUGCUCUUGUUCAUCUUGCGGGAGGUCGGGUCUUAGCACCCGUGUGUAUCUUGACACGGUGCGUAUUGGCGAGAUCAAGAGAAGCGCGAUAAUGAGAUCGUU